CGAUUUUUAAAGCGGGCUACGGGCAUCAGGCUAAGUGACUCCUAAAUGGCCUUGUGGAGUGUUCAAAUAUUAUGAACCUCUGCGGAAGGUUUCACGUGAAGUCCACGUACAUAAAAGCUGCAAAGGACGCCUGGGUGGUCUGUGACGUUCGACUGUUGACCGAUGAUGUUGAUACCUUUCUUUGUAUAAAAUCGGUUUCUCAAGGCUCCCUAGCCACUGAUGACGAGAAGAGUUCAGUACCAACCGAUGGCGAGGCAAAAUUUAGAAACGGCGUGGAUCAAAAACCAAAGAACUCCGGCUUUACUGCUUUGUGCAAUCUUAGUGAAUAUAAGUCUUGCUCGGUGCGCACAGUUCGCGUUAACGAACGGGAUUCCUUUGCAAUUCGACUAAUUCCCUCCGGUGUCAUUGGAAAUAAACAGCUUUUGAUUGCAUCUACUGAUGAACAAGAGAUAACUAGUUGGUUGGCUCUCUGUAAAGCCAGCAUUGGAAAAAAAUCAAAAGCAUUCCAUUCUUCACGUGAUAAUUUCAGUACAGCGGGAACUCUAAGCAAGGCUGGAAGUUUUGUCUCUUUGAAACCGUCAAACACCUCAAUGGAUGCUGAUUUUGAUGAGGCGCUUCUUGAUAAUGAAGUUUACGAAGCCUACACGUCAGAGGACAAGAUUCCGGCAUUGUUGGAAGAAGCAGGGGAUUGGAUGAAAUUACAUCUCAGUCAGCCUGAAUGUUAUUUAAGGCUCACGGAAGAGCGGCUAGAAGUGCUGGAUCCCAUUUCCGAAAAACCGGUUCAGUGGUUUCCAUACUUGCUCAUCCGCCGAUUUGGAGCGGCAAAUGGGGUGCUACGCGUCGAUGCUGGUCGCCGUUGUUCCACAGGAGACGGUCGCUUUUUCUUCCGCUGCAAUCCUCCAAAUGGACAACCAGUUGACGUGUUGGUCACUCAGAUUCGCCAAUUGGCAUUGGAAGCGAAACAGAAAAUGAAGCAUAGUCAGCUGGCGUCAAGCAAUCUGGAAUUAAACGGUAAGCACAGUAACGCCAACUGUGCGGCCUUGACGUCCAGCGCAACACUUGGGCAUCGGACACGUUGCGUCACGGACAGUGACUUAGAUCCGCCAUCAAUCGGGACGCUUCCCAGAUUUCGCUCGAGGCGACAGAAUUCUUUGAUGACUUACACAAACGGACAUUCAACCGGAAGUACUGCAAAUUCAAACCAUAGUGCGUCCCCAGAGCCUGGCAGAGAGGUGGCAGAAAAGGGCAAAGAUUCACCCACACAACCGACGGAAGCCAAGGAGACCGAAGUAGUCACCGCUACUCCUGGAAGAGCGCAAACAAUUCGUACGGCUGACCUAUCCGAUCUGUCCAAUUUGUAUGACAAUCUUCCACGUCCACCCCGCAAACCAUCGGCGGCUCGUUUACCCGGUGCUGUCAAUGUUUUGCCACUCCCAGUGCGUGCCAAGUCAAAGUCUCAAUCCGCUACUGGUGAAUCCAGAUCCGAAAGUCGGUUGUCCUCACCUCAAAGUGAGAACAGUGUUGAAUCGACUGCGCCUAUCAGUACCAGCCAAGCGUCCUCUGGAACUGGGAAGCGGGACCAUGUAAGUACACCACUGAAAGCUGAGUUUGAUGAGGAUCUUCCGCCUGGACCACCACCUCCACCUCCGCUCCCUACUCUAAUGAACGGGACAACUCACUCUUCGAAUAAAGACAGCAGACCGGACAUUAUGAGGCCGAAAUCACUACCGGUUGCGGAAGUAAAGGAAUGUGGAGCACCACUGAAUCGCUGGAAGCACCCUGCUCCACCACCCAUGCCAGUCACAGAGUCAGCAUCACUACAAUCACCUGUCACAACUGCUGCGACUGUCUCUACAGCUGCCACAACAAGCACUAGCACACUCAGCCCUUAUGUGAUCAGUACAACCCCGACCGCCGCUAUGCGGGUACCUCCAUUCACAGCCCCAAAGCCGUAUGUUCCUCAGACAUCUGCGGCCGCCAGACUGCGCAGCCGUAUGAGCAAUACAAAGGUCGACGAUCGCACUUCCAGUCCAAUGGAGAAGUUCCCUAUGCCUCUCUCAAGUAUCCUCAGCACGAAAGUCAGCUCCACUACAAUGUAUCUUCGUGGUCUAUCUCCAACUGCCAGCGAAGAAUCGAGCUCUUACACGCACGUUAAAAUUAAUCCUACAGCAGGCGUGGCAGCCAUGGUUAGUCGAAUCAAUUCCGAUUGGAAAAGCAACACAGGCUUGAUGAAAUCACCUUCGCUGCCCAGCGAACAGGUUGAUCCACAAAACGAUGACCCGAAGAAUUAUCUGAACGAAUUGGAUAACGUGAUUAAAGAGCUCUGUAAAGCUAACGAAGCCGCUGUGCAAGCCACUCGAGAGGCUGCUCGUCGGCGCCAUGAAAUCGGUUGGCCAAUGCAUUAUGAAAACGCCCUACACGAGCAAACAAACAAAAUCUAGCGCGGAUCCCCAUUAAUGUAUAAUUUGAUCAUCUUGAUUGCAGCUUUUAGGAAACUUGGAAAUGAUUAAGUGUGAUCCCGUUAUGAAUCUUAUGUGUAACUGUGCACAUUCGGUCGCGCAAAAUAUGCAAAACAGUUGAUAUUUCUUUAUUGUCCACCGCAAUUUCUAUACAACCUUAACAGGCAUUCAUGGAUCUUCUUAACUUUGCCCUAGUAUUUUUACUUCCUUCCGAUUUUAUGGUUCCUGAAUCUUAGAAUCAACCGUACGUUCUUAUUGUGUACUCCUUGGGUAAUACGGAUUACCACUUAUUUGCCCAUUUCUGACUCAAAACGACAAGGGUUUUCAAAUGUACACUCUUGUUCUGUAUGAUUUGAUUUUGCACAUAUGCUAAAGACUUCUGUGCGUGACCUGGAAAUGCAGUCGGCAUCCUUCACUUGUCAGCAUCGGCAUACGAACCGAUUGUUUUCUUUAAAGUAUCCACAUUGCAUAGGGACCGACUUGCUUUGUACCGAUCUAUGCAAAUAUAUAAAGGUUAUCACUUACU